CCACCCUUUUCGACAACCUCACCGUUCGCAGGAAGUGCAGCCGCCCCAUUUCCAGCAGUCACAAUGGCCCGUCGUCCCGCGAGAUGUUACCGCUACUGCAAGAACAAGCCCUACCCUAAGUCCCGGUUCAACCGUGGUGUUCCCGACCCCAAGAUUCGUAUCUUCGAUCUGGGUCGUAAGAAGGCCAACGUCGAUGACUUCCCUCUCUGCGUGCACCUGGUCUCCAACGAGUACGAGCAGCUGUCCUCCGAGGCUCUCGAAGCCGCCCGUAUCUGUGCCAACAAGUACCUCGUCAAGAUCGCCGGUAAGGAAGGUUUCCACCUUCGUGUCCGUGUGCACCCCUUCCACGUCAUCCGUAUCAACAAGAUGUUGUCUUGCGCCGGAGCCGAUCGUCUCCAGACCGGUAUGCGUGGUGCCUUCGGUAAGCCCCAGGGUACCGUUGCCCGUGUGAACAUCGGCCAGAUCAUCCUGUCCGUCCGCACCCGUGACGCCAACCGCGCUGCCGCCAUCGAGGCUCUCCGCCGUUCCAUGUACAAGUUCCCCGGUCGCCAAAAGAUCAUCGUCUCCAAGAACUGGGGUUUCACUCCCGUCCGCCGCGAGGACUACGUCCAGCUCCGCCAGGAGGGCAAGCUCAAGCAGGAUGGUGCUUACGUCCAGUUCCUGCGUGGCCACGGUCUCGUUGAGGAGAACAUGAAGCGUUUCCCCGACGCCUACGAGAACCUUUCUCAGGCUUAGAUGGAAGUUAAAUCGCUUUAGGACGAAAAAAAUGAGACGUAUUGAACUAUUCCCAAUUUUCACGUCCUGUUUUGUUAUCCUUGAUGUCAUUUAGUGUCUCAACGUAUGGGGCGGAGUUAUUGAACGCGGAUUUCCUCGGCUUGUUUAUUGUAAUGCCGUUGUAGACUGUAGGGUGCUUCACAUUGUACCUGCUGUGCACGUGUUCUACUCGAUCGAUGGUUUCAGCCUCAAAUCUGGUUAUCUGCACUAGAUACUGGUCUGGCCUACGGAGUAUCGUUAUGGGUUCCAGCCUCAGCUGGAUAGGCCUAUCGACUCCUGGUCUGGUGUCGAUUCCAAUACACUCGACUACUAGAUCUUGCUAUUGUGGUACGACCUAUGCAGUGAACCAACCCGACCCUUCUGUACAAAGUACUCCCUUAGGGACUGUAUCCUUGGCAAGGUUAUCUUAUUAGUACAAUAACAUAU